AUGGGAUGGCCUGCACAUUGGUUUGCAAACCUAGUAAUGGACUUGAAUCAGCUUAAUAGCUUGAUUCUGGUGAUGGUGUCACAUGCCAGUUAUACUCCUCCCCUCCCAGCAUGCUACCAUGCACACCUCAGACACCAACAUGAUGAGCCAAUUCCCCUUAGCACAUUUUGCAUCAUCAACAAUAUCAGCACCUUUGUCCUGUAUUGGACCCCACAUGCAGCUGAUCCCAAUUCUGGCUUUGCAUUCCCUUGGUGGUUAUAUCAUUCUGAGGAAUACACAGUGGAUUCCCAAAGAUUGCAAGGCGAGGGGUUGUUUUCCAUGGCCUGGGAUUUUUUAAGUUGGGGUCAACAAAUUGACCAUUUCUAUGCUAGGUGGUGGGCAUUGCAUGGGUUGUUGGGCAUGCCACUUCAAUAG